CGAUGAACGCCGUUAGCCGCGGCCCAAAGAAUAAGAAAUUUGAUCUUUGGCUGUGUUGGUGCAGAAGCGGGUGGAAACCGAAAUUCAAAAAUGGAAAAAAAAACUCAAAAACCACGCCAAAAACGCCUUCAGGAGUUUACUUCUGAAGAAAAAGUGCGCUUAAUACAAGCUGUGGAGGAGCGCCCAGUGUUGUGGGACUUGACCCACAAAAAGCAUUUCCAUGCUGUGUUUAUAAAGAGAACCUGGGAGGAGAUUGCGCUAGUCAUGGACAAAGAUUAUAAUGGUUGCAAGCUGGCUUGGAAGUCCCUGCGGGACAGCCUUAAGUACCACAACAAGGUCAGGAAGCAGAAGAGUGGAAGUGCUGGAGGAGAUCUAGUGGAGAAGCCCAGCGGAAAGGAGUGUGCCGAGUGGGAAUUCGCUCCGUACAUGGACUUCUUGCCGGACGUGUCUUCGCAAAGAAGCAGAACCACCAGUAGUGGGAUCUUAGACGAGAUCUCUAUUGAAGACUGGACACUGGACUCCACCACCAUCAGCUAUUCUGCAGCUGAAGCGGAGCUGGAGGCCGUGCUAGAGGAUGAGGUACCCGAGGAAUUAUAUACCUACGGAGGAAGAAAACAGCCACCCCCAAAGAAGCGAAAGCUGAAUGGUGAUGGCUCACCAGCCGUGGCCAUGUGUAACAUGCUGGGGGAAUUCCUUCAGCAUCAGCGGGCCAACACCACUCUAUCAAGGCCCAUAUUGACCUAUUGGGACGGGGAGCUGAACGCCAUGCGUCUGGAAGAUGCUGCCAGGGUGGAGAAGAAGAUGACACAGCUUCUGUGGGACGAAAAAGAAUCCCUAUAUUACUAAUUUAGAUUAAUAAAACAUUUGUUGAACAUUU